CUGUUGUAAUGCAAUCACCUUACACAUCACAUCUCAACUCGUUCUUCAUCGCUUCCUCACGUAUUUCGAACUACUCAAUAUCCCCCAUUCUACCUUCAACCAAGAUCAUGGCACGCACUUCAAUCUUCCGCGUUAGCUCUGCCUUGAACGCUAUACUCCUCGCCUGCAUCAUCCUCAAGCAUGUUGCGUUGGGCGUUACCCGUUCUGCAUUGCGCAAUGCUUGCAUGGUCGUUCUCAUGCCCUUCAUGUUCUUCCACAUCGCCAUCAUCGAAGGCUGAGACAUCGGUCUUGGUAGGAAGCCCAAGAUUCAAGACGGAGAUGACAACAUGGAAAGCCUGCCACCGCUGUCUUUCCUUGGAAAACGGACAUACAUACAUCAGCAAUUUGCCCUCGGCUACAUCGUAUCACACCAAAUUACCCACUCAGAAGGCAACAAGGCAUACUUCAACUGCAUGUCAACAACAGGGCAGCUUCAAGAGCGACAAUGCCACUAGCCUUCCGGCCCGUAACGCUCCCGCGUGUCAACUUGCCAAGCAUGCCACGGUCCAUCCACAUGGCAUCGCUGCACCCCAGACGCGGGCCACCGCCAGUUUCGAGCUCCCGUCUUGGUACAAAAGCAUUGGAUGGGAAAGCGAGAGUCCGUUCUCGGAGGCCAUCUAUACUUGGGCGUCUGUUUUGCCCGGCUUUCAACCCGGAGGAGGCGUUUACGUUGACGAGGCAUCCGCUAAGCAUGGCUGGACCGUUCUUAGACGAAAGCGUUUGUUUUGCAGCAAUCUAAACCUAAGAUGGAGAGGAGGAACCUGAACUUUUCGCAAUCACCGAGCCUGUGGCAUUGGAUGUUUCUUGCUUUGGAUAAUAGACAACGUUUUACAUACACAAUCACGCAAGAUGUUUUGCCAAGUCUACAUGUCCUUCUUCAGCCAGCUUGCUCUCCCGUUUAGGAUGGGACCAAUCACAAAGUCGAUGAGUGAUUCAGGCGGCAUCUCAAUCCGGCCCUCGGUACCGGCUCGAGUGAGGAGAGACACACUCUCUCUGAGCCCUGCACCAUGCACAACAUCGGGCCUGGCCGAGUGGUGCGCCCAUGGACCAAUGAGACUACAAGUAGGCGUAGAGUGACA